AUGGCUCAGCUCCCAGACGAACUUGUCCUGUCAAUCCUUGACCAGAAGUUCCCCUGCCGGCAGCAGCAAACCCGUGCUCUGGCGACCUUGAUAUCUCCAGGCGCGGCACCAUGUCUGAACUGUAUUGUUUAUGGUGUCGAAGCAACCGGGAAAAGUGCCAUCACUGAGGCUCUGCUCCAGCGGCUUGGCGGCUCCGGAUCCCCCCACCAUCCAGACUCGCCCAUAUUGCAGUACGCCAUCGUCAACUCUGUCGAGUGUGUCACCGGGCGACAUCUGUUCGAGACAAGCGUCCGAAAUGUUGCCAACGCCCUCGGCUUUGGUGGCUUUGCCACACGAUGCGAGAGUUUGGCACAGUUGAGCUUCGAGUUAUCCAGGAUGCUCACGGAGGCCGUCCGCCCCGAGAGCCGCCAUUUCGUUCUCGUCUUCGACGCCAUCGAUCGCCAGAAGGAAGCACCACCGACCCUUCUCCCUGCCUUGGCAAGGCUGUCGGAGGUGAUCCCCAGCCUGACCACGGUCUUCAUCAUGACCGGCCCGCCACCAGGUUGUCUCCGCACUUCCAAUGUUGCCCAUGUCCAGUUUCCAAAUUACACCAAGACAGACCUGGUUCAUAUCCUCUCUGCAGCUCCGCCAAAACCCCUUCCCAACUCCACCUCAGCAGAGACAGCCGACCUGUGGGCCCGCUUCUGUGGCGCCGUCCAUGACGCCUUGACCAAGUCCGCCGCGCGCACGCUGCCGGCAUUCCAAAGUGCCUGCAACUCCCUCUGGCCGCGCUUCACGGCUCCCCUCCGCGAGGGCAACCUCGGACCAAAGGACUUUACGAAGAUGCUCAUUGCCGCACGUGUGCACUUCCAGGACGAGAGCCUCCUUGACCCGGGCAUCUUGGGGCUCUCCCCCCACCAACAAGCCACUCCCAAAGCCUCUGUCCAGUCUGUUGAGAGGAACCCCAAGACAAUCGGCCAGGGCACCACCGCGCCCGCAACCGCCACCGCCACCACCAGCCUCGCUGUGCUUCUCCCCACGACAGCCCGCAUCCUCCUAAUCGCCGCGUACCUUGCCUCGCACAACACCGUGCGGCACGAUCUGACCUUGUUCUCGACCCACCACCACGGGAAGCGACGGCGCCGCGGUGGCGCAUCUUCCGUCAUCGCCGGCCAGAGGACCAAGCACCGCAAGAUCGCACGGAAGCUGCUCGGCGCCCAUGCCUUCGUCCUCGAGCGCAUGAUGGCCAUCUUCACCACCGUGCGCCAUGAGUGGGGCAUCGGUGUAGACGGUGGUGAGCCCCUAGACCCGGGCUUGGGGGCGGAUGCUGACAUCGGCAUGGCACUCGCCACUCUUUCUUCCCUGCGCCUACUGGUUCGUGUCGGCGCCGGCGGUGAUCCCCUGGAUCGUGGCGGCAAGUGGAGGGUCAAUGUCGGCUGGGAGGUCAUCAGGAGCUUGGGACGGAGCAUGCACGUCGAGGUCGAGGAGUGGCUGGUCGAGUAG